UAUUACCUCCGGGAGAGCGCACCGUUCCACCUAAAUAUGUAAUAAUAUCUACCGGAGAUACCGGCAUUCCUCGACCUCGAGAAGAAUUCGAUCAAAAUGUGUCGCGAUACUCUGCUGGUAUGCCAGCUCACAAUGUACGAGGACACGGAAGAUGCAUCCGACAUAGACGAAGAUUUUUUCAACGCGUUAGCGCUUCUACAUUCGACGGAAGACGACAGCACGGAGAAACUUCGUAAAAUGCUCGAUACGUUCAUCGAGAGAAGGUAUGGAUUUGACAAAACUUUGAUGGCGAGGAUGCCAAAGAAAUUUUUGCAAAAUACGAAAAUCUACGGGAAAUCGAGCGAAAGAUUUCCGGAAACGUGUUCCCGGAAAAGGAGCACUGCCUCGAGGAAAACCGGAACUCAGCUGAUUUUUGGGAACAACGAUAACACGACGACGGAGAGUAAUUGGAAACCAAUGAAAAUAAUUGAUACGACGGAUGUUGAGGAUUGCAGCGAGAAGGGAGACAUCCCAAGGAUAUCCAUUCCUGACGAAGGAUCUGGAGAUGGAUUAUUGUGCAAGAUCUGUAACGGGGCAAAGCUAGGACCGUUGAUAUUGUUGGAGUGUCAAGAAUGUCAAGAAGUCUAUCAUCCCCUGUGCCAUCAACCCCCUGUCGUCGAUAUCGACGUCUACGAUCCAAGAAUCGUGUGGAGGUGUAGAAAAUGCGUGGACACAUCUUCUGUAAACUCUGUCAUCGCUUUCGAUGAAAAGAAAGUGAAAAGGUCUCGUCUGACCAAUGACGAGGGCAAACCCAAGGAAGCAAAAAUGAACAAGUUGGUGAAAUUGAAUGGAAAUAUGAAGAACGAAACUGGAAUCGUUGAUCAAACUUCGUCCGAUGUUUUACAAAGAAACAUCGGUGAAAAUGCUAUAAUUGCAAAAAGUAGUUUUCAUUCGAAUCACAAGACGAGGACAUCAUCGUCGAGUCAAUUGAGAAAACGAAUCGGUUCGAAACUUUCAGUCACACGCCCUAUUAUAAAAUAAAUACAUUAUUUACUUAUGUAUUAAUAAUAGCAUUUAAAUUAAUUAUAUAUAUAUAUAUACAUAAUAAAUACGAAAAUUAAUUCAAUUCAUCCAAGAAAUUUUCUCUCGUCGAAUCGAAGAUACUUUAUUUUCGAAGGGAAAUAAUUAAUCGAAAAUUAUAUCUUGAAUAAUUAAUUAGGUAAAAAUACACUUGGUGACGAAAUUUUGUCUAGUCAGCAUCGUUUUUAUUAAAUUAAUUAUGCAACGAUCACCGACAAAAGGAAAAAACAAUAUAAUUCAACACGCUUAAGAGUAGGUACAUGCACAUUACGUUUUAUUAUUUAAUUACAUAUACAUGUACAAUGGAAAACCCAUCUCCAAAUACGUUUAUUCUCUCAAACAAAUCCACGCAGUUACACACUACUCAUAACCUCACUCUAAACACUUCGAUCACAGUAGUACAGGGUAGUAUCUUAUUUAAGCCGAUUACAGAUGUUGCUCGUUACAUUAAACCAUACCGACAAGCCUUUCGAAAGUGAACUUAAUAAC